AUGUGUGAGCGCAGUCUUUACAGAGCGGGCUAUGUGGGCUCGCUUCUCAAUCUGCAGUCGCCUGACUCUUUCUACUUCUCCAACCUGCGGCCGAAUGGCAGCCAGCUGGCCGCGCUCCCCCCCAUCUCGUACCCUCGCGGCGCGCGCUGCCCUGGGCCGCCACGCCCCGCCUCGUGCGCCCCCGCGCAGCCUGCGGGCGCCACUGCCUUCGGCGGCUUCUCGCAGUCCUACCUGGCGGGCUCCGGGCCUCUGGGCCUGCAGCCCCCGGGCGCCAAGGACGGACCCGAAGAGCAGGCCAAGUUCUAUUCGCCGGAAGCGGCCGCCAGUCCGGAGGAGCGGGGCCGUGCGAGGCCGCCCUUCGCCCCAGAGUCUAGCUUGGCCCCUGCAGCCGCUGCUCUCAAGGCGGCCAAAUACGACUACGCGGGUAUGGGCCGUGCCGCGCCGGGCUCUGCGACCCUGCUCCAGGGGGCCCCCUGCGCCGCCGGCUUCAAGGAGGAUACCAAGGGCACGCUCAACUUGAACAUGACAGUGCAGGCGGCGGGCGUCUCCUCUUGCCUGAGACCUUCGCUGCCCGACGGCCUGCCAUGGGGGGCUGCCCCGGGGAGGGCCCGCAAGAAGCGAAAACCCUACACGAAGCAGCAGAUCGCAGAGCUGGAGAACGAAUUCCUCGUCAACGAAUUCAUCAACCGGCAGAAACGCAAGGAAUUGUCCAACAGGCUGAACCUCAGCGAUCAGCAGGUCAAAAUUUGGUUCCAGAACCGGCGCAUGAAGAAAAAGCGCGUGGUGCUGCGCGAGCAAGCGCUAGCGCUCUACUGA